AUGAGCGAUACACUGCGGCAAGAUGUCUGCAGAGCAAUCGAUUCUUUGCCGACCGAUUGCUCCCUCGAUGAUUCCAAAGAAAAGCUUGACCCUCUCUUUCAAUCGGCUGUGGAGAGAAUUCACUCUCAUUUCGAAUCCAAGAUAUCACCUUUAUUGAUAGCUUGUGACAGAGGCAAUUCUUCAUGCCUUCAAUAUCUGGCUCAGAAACAGAAGGAGGAUAAACAAUUUGGGGCUUUCAUUGGCCAACCCUUGGAUCCCUGCUCGGAUGAGGAUUUGAACACUGCCAUUCAUCAUGCCGCUAUUGCGGGGUGUGUAGACGCCACUGCAGUGUUCAAAUCACUUGGAUAUUCGAUAAAUUCAUUGGCUUCCAUUAGAAAUGCACACAACGAUACACCGAUGAUGAUGGCUGCGGCAAAUGGACGUCUCGACUUUCUAAAGAAUUUUUAUCAAUUGCAAUUGGCAGAACAACAACGUGAUGACGAAACUAUCGAAAGCAUAAUACUUGCCAAGAACAAUUCAGAAGACUCCUGUUUAUCUCUUGCAACUUGUCAUGGUCAUUCGGAUGUGGUGGAAUUUCUCCUGACAAUAACACCAGUCGAAACUGAGGUACUGGAUCUAUGCAAAACGAGGCUGGAAAGCAUGUUCUCCACCUUGAAACGAACCCCAAACUUGACGCAACAACACCUUGACAGGCUCAACAUCGUCCGGAAAUGUGUUGAAAUGAUCGAAAAGAAGCUCGCUGAACAGGCCGAGGAUGCAGCAAGGCAACUCGUUGUAGAAGAAAAUGACAAAGUCGAGGCCAAGAAAUCAAAGGGUAAGAGGAGGAAAAGUAAGAAAAAGACAGUCCAUACGACAAGGGAUCAAGCACAGUCGUCACCCCAGCAUGAGGAACUUGAAGAAAAAGAAGAAGCAUGUGAGGAGCUGCAAGAAGGAAAAGAAGCAGAAGAUGAUGCACUGCAACUGAAAACGCUUUCUGACGGGACGAUAGCUGUAUCCGUGCAAGGUCAAGUGGAAGAAAACAAACCAGUUCCAAUCUUGCCUACGAGAGUAAGGAAAGAUUCAAUCGAUGAAAUGUUUCAGAAGCACUUGAAAGGAAAAUCACCAGAAAAUGAUGCUGUGAUGGAUGCGCUAUGUCUAGAAGCUUCGAUGUUACUCUAUACUCCGCAUGGUAUGGCGCUGAAUCUUUCACCUUCACAACUAGAUGCAAUUCAAGGUAUACUGGAGAGACAGCUUGUUGCAGUUCGAGAAGCUCGGAACAUUCAGGAUAGAUCACAUGGCAAUACAGUGAUACGGUAG